ACGCAACACCAGUGGGUGGAGUCAGUGUGGUCCAAUAGGAUGCAGCGGUGACGGACACGUCAGAGGUUUCCUCCAUCAGACAUGUCCGCCUCCGGAUCCUAAACUGACAGAACUCAGCUCCACGAUGGUUGUUCCCUCCCUCACUGGAACCAUCCUCCGGCUCAGAGGGCAGCUGGAGCUCAGAUGUCACCUGGACACCACAGACGUGUUUCGGAUGCACAAGGCCAUCUCAGAAACAUUCGAGACCCUUCGCUCUCAGGUGAAAUCUGAAUCCUGCGUCCUCGCGGUCUGCGACAGCCCCGUUGUUAUCUGGCCAAACAAAGCCAUACAUGUAACACCUGAAGUCAUAACCCCAGACACGCUGUUUGAAGACGUACAUCAGUGGAUACAGUCAGAUGAGCAGGAGAGCUUUGGCAAGAAAUCUGGAAAAAAGAAAGGCAGGAGAAGUUCAGCAGCGAGUGUCAUAAACCUUCAACUGAUGAUGGAGGUGACAAACCCAGGUCCCCUCUCAGCUCCCAUCCUCACCAGAACAGCCCAGAAGUCCCACUUCCUGUCGGCGACUCUUCCCAUGGACUGUGCUGUCUGUAUAAGCUGCGACGACACGAUCAGAGAUGCCUGCGAGCGCCUUGUGGAAGCGCUCACUCACCAGCUAUGUGAGAUGGAGAAAGUGACCCUGCGGCACAUGAAAGGGACGACGCUGUUGGUCCCUGAGCCGCUGCACUUUCUUCUACCGAAGCCUAUUGGACUAGUGACCGUGGUUUACCCAGCAGGAGUGGCUGACGGCCAACUAGAGACACAGCGUAAGGAGCUGCAUCAACAGUUUGAGCUCCCCGAUGACAGGCCUUAUUUUAGAAGAGCCAAUGCGUACCACUUUCCCAGCGAGGCCUACAGAGACGGUUACCUGCGCAACCCUCACCUGGUCCUCACACACCCUACCGUGGAUGAUGGGAAGGUGUACUUGGUCGAGGGGAUCUACAGCUAUCACCACUACAUGCAGGGCCGUAUAGAUGACAAUGGCUGGGGCUGCGCUUAUCGCUCCCUGCAGACCAUCUGCUCCUGGUUCCAGCAGCAAGGCUUUGAAGAGCGGCCUGUGCCCACUCACAAAGAGAUCCAACAGGCUUUAGUGGACGUUGGAGACAAGCAGUCGUCCUUUGUGGGAUCACGUCAGUGGAUCGGAUCCAUAGAGGUUCAGUUGGUUCUGAACCAGCUGCUCGGAGUCACUUCCAAGAUCAUGUUUGUGAGUCAGGGGUCUGAGUUGGGAUCUAAAGGCAGAGAACUGGCCAACCACUUCCUUACAGAAGGAACUCCUAUCAUGAUCGGUGGGGGAGUGUUAGCUCACACUAUUCUGGGUGUGACAUGGAGCGAGACCACCGGGCAGAUCCGCUAUCUCAUCUUAGAUCCACAUUACACAGGAGCAGAAGACCUGCAGGUUAUCACAGACAAGGGCUGGUGUGGAUGGAAAGGACCAGACUUUUGGGAUAAAACAGCGUAUUAUAAUCUGUGUCUGCCUCAAAGGCCAAAGAUCAUCUGAGCUCACAGCCUGUCUCAUGGACAAUGUUUAAUAAUGGUAAAGAAUAUGGAAAACUUAUGGAGUCACACUAUAUCCUGUUUGCUGUAUAGGAAUGUGUCCAACUUUGCAAAUUCAAGUUAUUUCUGAUAAUCAUCAUAAUGUGCACUUCCAGUACUCGCUAUUAUUUAAUAUAAGGAAGGCUGGUGAAAUACAGUAUGUUCCCUAAACAGGCUUAUUUUAUUUUGAAGAUAGAUACGAUGCCUCAAGUUCACAAAACCUCAAAAUAUUGUUGCUUUGUGUUACUGUGAACAAACCCACAAUGACUGAUGUAAAACAUGGUCUUGACUCUUUUGUGUCUGGUUGAAGACGAGCUGAAAGACGUAUGUUCCACUAUUCUAUUUGGCUGAUUAUAUAAAAUGAUUAAACUGUA